AUGGUGUUUGCCUCUCUCUCCGAUCUUUGCGAUUUCAAACUAAGACCUCUGCUAGCUCACUGCUUGACCACCGCCCCUGUCUACCCUGUUACUCAGACGAACCACGAUCUCCGGCCAGUCCUCCUUCUCCGACUUGAAGCUUACUUCAUGGAUUCCUGGUUCGGCUACUAUUUUCCAUCUCCCUUGUUCCGCAUCUAUUUGUUCUGUUCCACCUAUAAGAACUCGCAAUUGUCUCCAAUAACCAAGCUUUCUUCUUCUUCUUUCGGUGGCAAGAAGCUGCCGGAUUCCACAGCAGCAGCCAUAGAAGAAAAAUGGCUUUCUUCCUCUGUUAGGCCUGGUGGUACAGAACAUGACCUGAAAAGGGAUGGGAUUAUGUUCAAGAAUGAAGAUGGUGAAACCAUUUCUGAGGACAUGGAUAGAAUGCGUGCUUUUAAGAGAGCUUUAACAAUGUAGACCAAAUGGGUAGAUGCAACAUGAAUGCAGGAAAAACAAUCGUCUUCUUCCAAGGAGCUUUUCCUUCUCAUUACAAGAACCUUUGAGAUCAAUGAGGAAUCGGUCAAUUUCAGUUUGCUAAACUAGCACUAUCAUGCUUUAUCUUAACUUUGGGUUUUGGGCUCUGCAUAUGGCUGAUGUGGAUAUGUAGCUUUGUAGCUAUAGGUGUAGGUGGUCUGAAUGGGCUGCAAUCUAAGAUCUCUACAGACCUGUGGCAUCAUCAAGCAGAUGAAUCACAAAGCGAUUUGUGGUAUUAUUGAGUCACCAUACCACAACAAACAGGGGAAUGCAUGACAAGCACCAACAAAACUGAAUACCAGAGAAAACAAACAAUAUCCAACAAGGGGGAAAACCAGCAGUAGUUAAGAUGGAAUGCAAUAAAUGAUGUGGCGAUUCAGAAGACAGCAAAGUUUUGAUGGCAAAUUGUUGGUUUUUUUUGAACCACGUACUAAUUUGUUAAUUUCCUUCCUAGUGAUGUGUUUAUGUCGACUGCUAAAAUUAUGUGGUAUAUUGAUAAUGGUUGAUGUCACGUUUGGAGGGUU